AUGCUCUCCAUCUUCACUAUUCUCCUUCUUAUCAUUGGAAUCACUACAUCGGCUCCAUCGCCAAGCCAAACGGAGCUCAAGAGAAUAUUUAGAGGUACCAGACGCCAGACGACGAGACACGCUGCGUCUCUAACCUUCGAAACUUCAACUGGUUAUAUCUCGGGUUCUAGAACAGCUAGAAACUAUAUUAUUGCACCUACUGAGAGCUCAGAAACCGCAAAAAAAUCAACUUAA